GUGUGGGUGUGUGUGUGUGUGUGUGUGUUCUUUGGUGGUGUGUAGAUUAUCUCGUUUUUGCUUUCGCAUGUAGUCGUGUAGACGUAACAACAACGAUUCAUUCGACGAAUAACUUGUCAAUAAACAAAAAAAGAAUACAUCUUGCCAAAAUGUUAGCUCUACAUCGACAACACUAAAGUCCAUUUUGUCUUGCAUCCCGCUAUCAGGUAUUUCACGGAGAUGCUUUUGACGAUUUUCUACAUGGUUGCUACGUGGGUACAGUCAUGGAGGUUGUCCUCUCUGAGGGCACGACUCCAAGCAAUUCUACUUGGUCCAGAAGCCACUAGGCCAUCUAUAAUGCUUUACACAGCUUCGCAGCUGUCAGUCAAAGAUGAAACUAAUGGAAAUAAAAGCAAGCUACAGAAUGGAAAUAACAUAAGUAAAGACAUGCUAAGUUCCCAUCUGUGCAGCAACAGUAAUCUUGCCAAGUUAGGAGAUCUUCUGUGGUACCAAGGGGAUAAGCGACUGUGUACAAUUUAUCCUCAACAAAAAGUUGAUGUAUCGCAUUGGCUGUUAUAUCCCUAUGGAAAAACUGUCUUUCCCCUAUUUGCUCAUAAUAAUGCACAGGCAACUUUGCAACAAAAUGCUAAAAUGCAUGUUCUCAUUGAGGCAGAUUUAAGUAACUACAUUCCCCUUGCUUCUUCAAAGGCUACAAAGCUUGAAGAUUAUGGUAUAAUUGUGACAUGGAUGUUUAAAGAUAAUUUUGGUGUAAUACUUGAAACUGACUUGGAGCACAUAACAAAAUUUUCCACCACUCUGAUGCAGGGCCAAUGCUUCAUUAAUAAUGGAUUACCUGUCACACGCAUUGAAUCCGUCUCAGUAACUGGAAAGCCUUGCAUCUGUAACUAUGAACGCUUUAAUUUAGUAGAAAGUAGAAAGCUAAUAGGUAGUUCUCAGUGGAAUACAUAUGUAAAGAAGUUAAGGUUAGUAAGCAGUACAGCAAGAUUGGUCUCCCAACAAAAUGAAGCCAUAGAGAUUAAAGAAAUUCCAGGUCUAAUCGUGUCGCCAGGGAGUAAACCAAUUACCUUACAAAUGCCAACAAUUCUAGAAAUCAAAAUACCAAACGAUGAAACAGAUGAUCACAUAAAUUCGUCAGUCCCAUCAACCCCGCCACCGACUCCAGCCUCUGCAACUGCCGUAAUCAACGGCACGGCAUCAAGACUCUCCCAAGCACUAACUAACUCUAUGGAUUUAUCUGUAGGUUCAUUGUCUAACUUAAGCUCUUCCAGAUCCCAAGAAUUCGUUUUAGAAGAAAGCUCCCAAGAAAAUUUAAGUAAAUUCACGCCAUUAAUAUCCGUAAACAAUACAAAGAGGACUAGUGAUAGGGACUCAAAGAUGUCCAGUGUAAUGUCCUCUAAGUCUUCGCUCUCUGCUGUAAACUACUCACCAAGAAAGACUGAACUCGAUUCUAAAGUUACCAAACCACCAAAUAUCCUGAUCUGUGCAGAUAGUGCAGUUGCUAGUGAUAAUGUUCGCAGUGUACUUGACUCUAUUCUCAAAGAAAACAAGUACACAGUUUAUCCGUUGUCAGCACAAGAGGCUCGAAAAGACGUAUGGAUGGACCAAGCGAGUCUCAUGAUAGUAUGCGGCAACGUUGGAAACGACGUGGCCUCUAAGGUCGUCGAGUUCUUAGUUCACGGAGGAAAGCUCUUAGCUCUAUGUUCGGAUAUUUUAAAGACUCUGCUUCCUACUUUCAAAACCGCGGAAGUUCGGGAAAACGAGCUGGUUCGUUUCUCCUAUGGAAAGUGGAAGCACGUUCGCAUGAUGCAUCAUGUGUUCUGUUACCAAGCUUCGCCUGUGAAAACGAAAUUCUCCCAAGAUUUGGAAGACUCCAAACAGGUGACCCCGCCGACGCCGGUCUCUGCCACCAUCAACGAUCGCUCCGGCAAGUCGCACACGUUCAACGUAAAGGUUCUGGGCUCGGAGGAGACCUGGCACACACCAAGUAUUUUACUAGCCAAUCUGCCCGAGAGCGGCGGCAAGGCCGUCUUCUCGCAGAUCCACUUGGAAGCCGAUCCCUCGCAGUACGAGUUCGAGGAGAGCAAGUUUCUCGCCCUGAAGCAGAGCAACGCAACUCGACUCGAAAUAUUCAGCGACCUCCUGAAAACCCACCUGGAUAUCGAGGUCUACGCCAAACCCAUGAUACCGCCCACGUACAGCUCGGGGUUUUUUCUGGGGAGACAUGAGUUAAAGUUGGAAAUGCUGAAGAAACUUAAGGAUAAGAUGCAACCGAAUGAUGUGUUAAAAACAACGAAUUUAGAGAUACAAUUUUGCGGUACGUCCACUGUACCAAAACCCGCGUCCUCCACCUAUCUGCCAGUUAUGGUGCAUAGAUGUCCAGAUAAUUUUUCAACUGUAGAAUACUUUGAGAAUCUCAGCACAGAAGCACUUGGCCGUUUAGUCAUAUACGCGGACGUAAUGACGUCUUCUAAUGCAGCCAUAAAUGGUUUUGCUUUGCACCAUGGCUUAGCUGUUAUAUGUCGCUCACAAACCAAAGGUGAAGGACGCGGCAAAAAUGUAUGGUUGAGUCCCGAAGGCUGUGCUAUGUUUAGUUUACAAAUUCACAUUCCAUUUAAUUCUAUUCUUGGAGAAAGAAUAUCGCUUAUUCAACAUAUAACGUCAGUAGCUGUAGUAUCUGCAAUAAGGUCAAUUCCUGACUAUCAGGAUAUAGAUAUUAGAAUAAAAUGGCCUAAUGAUGUCUAUACUGGAAACGGUUCUAAACUUGGGGGCACCACCGUUACAUCCACUAUUCAAUCGCCAACUAUUAUUUGUAAUCUAGGAACCGGAAUAAAUCUUUCAAACAGUUCACCGACAACUUGUAUUAAUGAUAUGAUUACUAAAUAUAAUCAAGCGACCGGAAAGAAACUUGAAAAAAUCACGCUUGAACGAUUUGUAGCUUUAGUUUUCAAUGAGAUGGAAAAAUUAAUAAACCUUAUACAAAAUAACAAUAUGGAUGAAUUCUAUGACAUUUACUAUGGAUAUUGGAUGCACACGGAUGCCGAAAUCACAGUCAUACUACCGGAUGGUUCAUCACAAGAAGUCAAAAUUUUGGGCAUUGAUGAUUAUGGGUUUUUAGAAGUGCAAGGAAAGAAUGGAAAUAUCUUCACAGUUCAUCCUGAUGGAAAUAGUUUCGAUAUAUUAAGCGGAUUGGUAGCACCCAAGUGUUGAAGAUUAUUAGGAUGAAGAAAAUCUUGAAAAAACACUAGGUUAUCAUCGCGUACCUUAUGAAUAUUGCAUUUUACAAAGAUGAAUACUUAAAUAUUUUCUACAGCGAUAUUUUGAUGAAAAUGAAAUAAGAAAUCUGCAUUUUCGCAUUGCUAUACGAUUUUUUAGCAUGUUAUUACGUUGUAAAUGUAUUAAUUAUAUAUUAUGAAAAUUUAUCGAAACUUCGAAACUUUUACCAAUCAAAUUAUAUGUAUAUUGUCUUCCUAAACCUAAAAUAAUUUGUUGAUUCGAUGUAUUUAAAUGUUUUAAAUUGAAUUUUUGGUCCAAGUCUAUGUAUGAAAAUAUCGGUGUUUUAUAAUACAUAAGUGACCUGAUGCAAAUCAACAAAUACCUUACAAUGAAAUAAUACCUACGCUCUGUCAAAAUUUACUAUCAAAAUACUGCCUACCUGAUAUAUAAUAUACACAUUAUUCUAUGUAUAUGUGACGCGUCAAAAUGUUACGACAUACAAAAGUAAUUAUGCUAUUAUAAAAAAAUCUAUGAGAUGUGAACUAGCUAUUGUUAUCUUUGCUGAAAUAUAUCUUUUUUU